UAUGGUUUUAUGAAAGAGUUGUAAAUUAGUCUUUUUGAACGACAUGUCCCAAACGAAUCUCCUUGGAUGUAAACAAUAUGGCGACCAUCGGAAAGACAUCUGCUGUUGACAGAAAAACAAAGUCAAUUUCUUCAGGUUCCACGGGAGAUGUGGAACAGAUGAGGGAGAUGAUGGAGACAGCUAGUAUUGGUGUCCCAUUACCAAAGUCACCCUUCCACCUGGCAUGUACCUAUGGACAAGUUGCCGAAGUUAUGAAACUUAUUGAGGACGGAGCAGAUCCUGGCCAAGGUGGUGGUGGCGAGCGGACACCCCUACACGAUGCCUGUGUAGGGGGCCACACCGAGUGUGUCCGGAUACUCUUACAGCAUCUUGACAGCAUCGACAUGAGCGACCCACAUGGACAGACUCCACUACAUCUGGCUGCAUAUAAUGGAGAACUCAAGUGCCUGAAGCUGCUGGUCGACAAAGGUGCCAACCUUUUGGCUGAGGACAAGAAAGGGAGACAGCCCAGCCACCUGGCAGCUAUGAGGAACCAGGUUAAAGUUGUCAAGGUGUUGUUUGACCACGGAGUGGACCUCGACAGUCGUUGUAAGAGUGGCAAGACUCCACUACACUACACCGCUCAGUAUGGAGCUCUAGACUGCAUGAUCUGUUUGGUGGAGCGAGACUGUGACACUAUGAUGGGUGACAAUAGUGGCUUCUUGGCAGCACAUGUGGCAGCCCGAUACAACAAGCUCGACUGUCUCCGCUUCCUCAUCAAACAAGGGACAGCUAUAAACUCCAUACAGGUUGAUGGCAAAACACCAGCACAUGUGGCAUCUGGCCAUGGGUCGGUGGAGGUGCUGCACUGGCUGUAUGGGAAGGGGGCAGAUGCAAACUGUCAGGACUACUUUGGCAAUACUCCGGGCCACUACGCCGCAGAGGGGGGAUGGGCGGAGUGCUUGAACUGCUGUCUGCAGCAUGGGGGAGACCUGCAGGUACCCAACAUCAGGGGGGACAUGGUCCUGGAUGCUGCCAAGAAACAUGGACACCCCUUACUCAUGGAACGAGCAGUUAAGAAUGAAGUGCCAUGUCCCUUGUGUUACAAGAAGUAUGAGAAGAAGGAGUGGGAAAGGACACACCAGCCUUCACGGGUGGAGAGAAACAUCACGGCUGCCAAGUCCACUGCCUUUGUGUCUCCACUCCCUCCAAUGAAAAAAACUCCGUCCCAGUUACAGAGAAAUAAACAUCAGCGUGAGAUGAAUGUGGAGAACCAACAGAAGGUGCUGCUGCCAAACCGGGACUUGGCCGCCAAGUUCUUUGGUGAUCACCUUGACCCCAAUUCCAACUUCCAUUUCCAUCUGUGAGAAGGGAGAAAGCUUGUCUACACGUAAACCUCAAGAAGCUCACACAAGGAUUUGAGCCUUCCUAAGCCUUAGCUGUAAACUUUAAUCUUUAACAGACCAUUACAAAGAUUAAAGGAGACAUUCCAAACUGUUAGGGUGUAACUUUAUGGGGUGAGAGUGGGGUCACAUUUUGAAUUUUCAACUUCAGUCCCAGGAGUUUUAAAAGUGCCUGUCUGUCUGUCUGUCUGUCUGUCUGUCUGUCACUCUGUGUUGGUUUGUGCGUGGGUGUUAAUGCGUUUGUGUGUGUUUGAGUGUGUGUGUGUGUGUGAGUGGGUGAGUGGGUGUGUGUGUGUCACAGUGACCACCUGAAUGAAUAUGUUUCCGAUUGUGUGAUUCUCCUCCUUUUCCACUGUGAUAUAUUCUCUGCUGCCUUUCUGUGAUGACAUAUUAACUUUUAACUAUUUGUUAUCAUUAUUGUUCUAAUAAAUCAUACUUUAAAAAACAA